AUGGCAUGCUCCCUUACAGCCCCUUUAACGGCAUGCACAAGUCUACCAUUUCAGCAGUCACCAUCUACACAGGUCCUCAAUCUGAGCUACGAGCUUUGUCCACUCCCCACCGUGUUUAGCGCUUUGUACAUCAACGGCGCGGUUUUGGGGCUGAGGUCUUGCUCGGCUGUACCAGCACUCUCAUCCCCUGCUUCACCGAACGUUCCACAGUCAUUACAACCCACGCCGACUCAGCUGCUCACGAUCCAUCAACCGGCCAUAGACAGAUUUCCGUUUGCUAAGAUGCGAGACAAUCUCAUCACCAUGUGCGCCGCAAUCGAUGAUGAAGACUUCACCCGGGACUUGUUUACAAUGCCAAGUUUUAACAUCACGCCUGGUCUUGCCGCAUGGGAUCCUAAAGCCUGGAGAAUCGAGAGAUAUUUUGCGGCCAAAUGGGGAUUUCUCUUUUGGUGA